AUGCACGGGAAAGGCCGGCCCAAGGGCUCAUUGAACCUCGAGGCAGCAGGAGGUCGUAACGGCCACGCGGAGAGAGCCGUCAGCACACGAUAUCGCGGAAUCCGACGAACGCAGCGAGGCCACAAGGCCGCCGCCGUCCACAGCGCCGGCGGCUCUCCAAAGUACGAAGACGAAGGCUACGGCGCUGCUGAUGUGACCAAACGGGGGUUGGAAUACCUUCAAGCCAAUGGCGAUUCGUACGAGCCUGGCACAGCGAUGCCACGAGCGUAUCAGCGUGCCGUACGCCGCACGCCUGACUCUGACGAUGAGCUUACUGGCCCGGGCGAGACGCAGGGCACGAUUCGCUGUGCCACGCAGCCAAUGCCGAUACCCUCAAUUCGUCAGGAGGUGAGGAUAUAG